CUCUAGGGACCCCUUUGUUCGAGUCCCAGACGCCGACACCUCAGCGUCCCCGAGGGCUCGACCGCCCGCGUCCGCCCAGCUCCCCGGACAGAGCCCGGCUCACAGAAGACGAGAAGGGGACGCAGCAGCCCGCAGGACGAGCCACCCUCCCGCUCCCCUCGACAUGUCGCGCUCCUUCUAUGUGGACUCGCUCAUCAUCAAGGACUCGUCGCGGCCGGCACCCUCGCUGCCGGAAUCGCACCCGGGGCCGGAUUUCUUCAUCCCCCUUGGCAUGCCGUCCCCGUUGGUGAUGUCGGUGUCCGGGCCCGGCUGCCCGUCCCGCAAGAGCGGCGCUUUCUGCGUGUGCCCGCUCUGCGUCACCUCGCACCUGCACUCCUCCCGCCCGCCCUCAGGAGCCGGUGGCGGGGCCGCGGGGACCCCAGGGGCUGCGGGCGGCGGGCCGGCUGGUGGCACGGGCGCCCUACCUUUGCUCAAGAGCCAGUUUUCUCCCGGGCCCGGGGACGCGCAGUUUUGCCCACGGGUGGGCCACGCACACCAUCACCACCACCCUCCCCAACACCAUCAUCACCAUCACCAGCCCCAGCAGCCCGGCUCGGCCGCUGCUGCGGCGGCGGCGGCGGCUGCGGCGGCGGCGGCGGCGGCGGCCUUGGGACACCCGCAGCACCACGCACCUGUCUGUGCCGCCACCACCUACAACGUGUCUGACCCGCGGAGAUUCCACUGCCUCACCAUGGGAGGCUCCGACGCCAGCCAGGUACCCAACGGCAAAAGGAUGAGGACGGCCUUUACCAGCACGCAGCUCCUGGAGCUGGAGCGAGAAUUCUCCUCCAAUAUGUACCUGUCCCGACUGCGGAGAAUCGAGAUCGCCACGUACCUGAAUCUCUCAGAGAAGCAGGUGAAAAUCUGGUUUCAGAACCGUCGCGUGAAGCACAAGAAGGAGGGGAAAGGAGCUUCGAGGAACAAUCACGCCAGCUGCAAGUGCGUGGGUAGCCAGGCUCACUACGCGCGCUCGGAGGACGAGGACUCCUUGUCCCCAGCCUCGGCUAAUGAAGACAAGGAGAUCUCCCCCUUGUAAAAGCGGAGGCUCCUUCUCCCUCUACCUGACCCCGGCGGCGGGUCCCUGCCAAGUCAGCAGAGGGACCAAAGUUCUAGUUCAUUGCCCUCCUCCCACUCAGAAAAGAAACUCAGAGAGGUCCGGGGAGUUCAAAGCUGGGCCCAACUUUGAAGCUCCCUCUUGACUUUCUAUCUGGGACUGCAUUCAGAGCUACAGCUAUUUUUUUAUGUAAAUAAUCUAGAAUUCGAGCCAGUCUCAUAUAACAGGAGAAUACAGGGUUGAUAUAAGUUUAACACUGUAUGGGGGAGUUGGUUGAAGCCGCAUGUCAUUUGCCAUCCCUGUCUUUUUAGAACUUGAUCAGAACAGGGGUUUCUUCAUUGUUUUUGUUGUUGUUGCUGUUUAAAAAUGAAACCAUUGCAGUUGCCAUUAAUAUAGAGAGUUAAAAAUCCGUAGGUCUUGUUUUCUGAAAUUUCUCACGGGGAAGAGUUUUAUUCCAACUCUCUGGAAGUCCCUUUGUAUGUGAAUAGUUUUAUAUAAGAUACAUAUUUAUAUUUAUUUAAAUAAAUGAAACAAAACGAACGUUUUUA